AUGUCGCCUGCCAAAGAAACGGAAACCGUGCCUCCCAAGGAGGUUACUGAAGCUACUAAGAAGAAGGAACAGAAGGAGGAAGAGUUGUCUGAAGAAGACCAGCGUUUGAAGGAUGACUUGGAACUUCUCGUGGAACGUUUGGCAGAGCCAGAUCAAGAGCUGGGUUUGUAUGACAAAUACUUGUCGACAUUGAAGACCUAUAUUAAGGAUUCCACUACUUCAAUGACAGCUGUGCCCAAGCCAUUGAAGUUCUUGAGACCUCACUAUCCUGCCUUGACUGAAUUGUACGACAAAUGGGCUGAAACUCACGGUGUCAAAACAAAUGUUGUCGUAAGUUUGGCCGAUAUUUUGUCUGUAUUAGCUAUGACUUACUCUGACGACGGAAAGAGAGACUCGUUGAAAUACAGAUUGUUGUCGUCUGAUACUACUAUCGCCGACUGGGGUCACGAAUACAUGCGUCACUUGGCAUUAGAAAUCGGAGAAUCGUACCAGGAGGAGUUGGGUUCGGACGAAUCCAUCGAAAAAUUGGUCCAAUUGGCUAUACAGAUUGUUCCUUUCUUCUUGGAACACAAUGCAGAAGCUGACGCCGUAGACUUGCUCUUGGAAAUCGAAAGUAUUGACAAGUUACCUAAGUUCGUAGAUGACAGCACUUACGCCAGAGUAUGUCUUUAUAUGGUCAGUUGUGUACCUUACUUAGCUCCUCCCGACGAUAAGUCAUUCUUGCACACUGCCUAUGCCAUCUAUUUGGAACAUAGUCAAUUGACACAAGCCUUAACUUUGGCUAUCAAGUUAGAUGAUGAGGACUUGAUUAAGAAAGUUUUUGAAGUCACCGACGAUGUCUUGAUUCAUAAACAGUUGGGACUCAUGCUCGCCCAGCAGAAGAACAGCUUCAAGUACCCUGGUGAGAAUCCAGAAGUGCAGGAAACCAUCCACAAUGUCAAGUUGCACGAAUACUACAGCUAUCUUGCUAAGGAGUUGAAUCUCUUAGAUCCAAAGGUGCCUGAGGAUAUCUAUAAAUCACACUUGGAAAACGCCAAGUUUGGUUUGGGAACCUCUGGCUCUAUUGACUCUGCCAAGCAGAACUUGGCUGCUGCGUUUGUCAACACCUUCAUCAACUUGGGAUAUGGUACCGACAAGUUAAUUCAAACUGAAGAAGACAACAAGUCGUGGAUCUACAAGACCAAGGGACUCGGCAUGGUUUCGACUACUGCCUCGUUGGGUUCUCUCCACCAAUGGAAUAUCAACGAAGGUUUCCAGGUCUUGGACAAGUACACCUAUUCUUCUGAGGACGAAAUUAAAGCUGGUGCCUUAUUGGGUACGGGUAUUGUUUCUGCUAAUGUUCACGACGAUGUCGAAGCUGCUUUGGCUUUACUUCAAGACUAUGUCUCUGACCCAAACAAGCUCUUGCAAUCUUCUGCCAUUAAUGGGUUAGGUAUUGCAUUUGCCGGUUCCUCCAAUGAGGAAGUGUUGAACUUGUUAUUGCCAUUGGUUUCUGAUUUAGAUAUUCCUUUUGAAAUCUCCUGCUUAGCAGCUUUGGCUUUAGGGCAUGUAUUUGUUGGUACUUGUCACGGCGAUAUUACAUCCACCAUAUUGCAGACCUUAUUGGAAAGAGACUUCAUUCAAUUGACCAAUAAGUUCAUCAAAUUCAUGUCUUUAGGUUUGGGUUUGUUAUACAUGGGCAAGACCGAACAAGUCGAGGACGUAUUGGAAACCAUCGAUGCCAUCGAACACCCUAUCUGUAAGACCUUGAAGGUCUUAGUGAAUAUCUGUGCUUAUGCUGGUACCGGUAAUGUUUUGCAGAUCCAGUCCUUAUUACAGAUGUGCACUGCUAAGCCUAAAGAUCAAGCCGCUGAUGAAAAGAAAUUGGAACAAUCAGAAGAAGACCAAUUGAAGAGCGAAAACAAAGAAGACAAGACAGCUGAAGAUGUCGCCGACGUAGAAAUGGAAGAAGCCACAGCUGAAAAGAAGGCAAGCGAAAAGGAAGAAAAAGAAGAAAAAGAGGAAGAGGAAGAGGAAGAAAAGGAAGAGGAAGAAGAGUUGUUUCAGGGUAUUGCUGUUUUGGGUUUGGCCUGUAUUGCUAUGGGAGAUGAAAUCGGUCAAGACAUGUCACUUCGUCACUUUGCCCAUUUGAUGCAUUAUGGUAAUUCUCUGAUCCGUAGAGCUGUGCCAUUGGCAAUGGGAUUGGUGUCUACUUCAUAUCCACAAAUGAAGGUGUUUGAUACCUUGUCUCGUUACUCGCACGACCCAGACUUGGAAGUAGCUCAGAAUGCCAUCUACUCCAUGGGUUUGGUUGGUGCUGGUACAAACAACGCCAGAUUGGCACAGUUGUUGAGGCAAUUGGCUUCUUACUAUAUCAAGUCGCCAGACUCAUUGUUCAUGGUACGAAUUGCACAGGGAAUCUUGCACUUGGGUAAGGGCACAUUGACGUUGAGUCCUUUCAAUAGUGAGAGAAGCAUCUUAUCCAAGGUUUCAUUGGCAUCGUUGUUGACUAUUUCUGUAGCAUUAUUAGAUCCAAAGGCCUUCAUCUUGAGUGACUCUACUACCGAGACCUCCCAUCAAGUAUUGUACUACUUGAUUCCUGGUGUAAAGCCCAGAAUGUUGGUUACAGUAGAUGAAGAUUUAAACCCUAUCAAGGUGAAUGUCAGAGUCGGUCAGGCUGUUGAUGUGGUAGGACAGGCAGGUAGGCCCAAGACCAUUACUGGAUGGGUGACUCAAUCUACUCCUGUGUUGUUGAACUACGGAGAAAGAGCCGAGUUGGAAAACACUGACGAAUGGAUCUCAUUGAGUGGGUCGUUGGACGGGGUUGUGAUUUUGAAGAAGAACCCUGACUUCAUGGAGGUGGAUGCCUAG